GAGGGUCCGGGCGGCCACGAGGGCUUUGGGGACACACGCCAGGGUGGGUGUCGCCCCCCACCCCAGUGUCUCCACCAGCCGGAACAGACUGGGGCUCUGGCCCAUCAGCCCCCCCUUCGAGUCGGGCAAGGGUCGCCUCUCUCGCGUGGGCAGUGAGCGUGGUAGACGCGCGAGGACUUGAGGCCCGGAGGAAGGGGACUUGGCUUUCUGGAGGCUGCGAGGCCGGGGGAGGGCGCCCUAACUGCUGGGGUCCGGAUCCCGGGCACCUCCCCCAGAGGUCCCUUUCCCCAGUCCCGGUGCGAGGCGCCCCGCCCCCUCCCCGAACCACCUCGGCAGAGCUUUUCCUCUACCUCCCUCCCCGGGCCCCACCGAAGUUUGGCUCUAGGGAAGGAGGGAGUGGCCACUCGGUCACUGGGGUGCCUGAUCCUUUGACCCGGGCUCCGGGGGAAGCACGCGUGGAGGGGGUAGACUGGGAGCGCGGGGAGGUUUAGCGUGCUUUCUCCUUCACCAGGAGUGGCCAAGGGGUCUGACGAGCUGGCCCUUUUUCCAUGGGGAGGGGAGGGCAAAUGGAAGCGGCUACUCUUUCUUCUCCGAGCCCUGGCGCGGCUAGCCCUGAAAGCUGGGGAACCCUUGGCCCGCGGACACCCCGCGCCCUUUCUGUCUCCCAGGGGCGUCUAGGCAACCCCCUCCUUCCCCUCCUCUACUCCCUGGGUCUACCCAAAAUUGCUCAGCUUGGCUCGAGCGAGGAGGAGGGUAUGUAUGUGUGAAUGUAAAUGUUUUAAGUAUAUACAGGUGUUACCUCGAGUUUUCCCAGAGUCUUUUGUCUCUCGGAGCCCCCAGCCUUGCUCCCGCCAUCCCCCAUGCUGCCUCGGUCUCUCUUGGGCUCCCUCUCUCCGAGGGAGGGGCUUCUCCUAGCCAGCUCGCACAGCCCUGGGCCUCCCGCUCUAGACUUCUUGCAGUUGUACUGUUCCUGAAACUCAUGACAACACCCCCCAUCCCCCACCCCCGCCGACACACAUCCCUAUCCCAGCUCCAAGGUGUUAUUACUGUAAUCGGAGGAGCAUAAAGCCAGCUCUGUUGCAGCGUUUUGGUGGAGAGGUUUUCCCAGGGGUUCCCCUGGUUUAAGGCUGGGGCUUGUGCACUUAGAGCUAGCUGUGUUCAGAAUGGGAGCAGGAAACAGACUCCACGAUCCAGUCCGGCUGUCGCCUGAUUCUGUUCAAGUUGAAGUAUUGGGAGGGUGACACUUCCCCAGUCUCCUCAGUCCUGGCCCUGGCAUCAUGCAUCGGACCACACGGAUUAAAAUCACGGAGCUGAAUCCUCACCUCAUGUGUGCUCUCUGUGGGGGAUAUUUCAUCGACGCCACCACUAUUGUGGAGUGCUUACAUUCCUUCUGCAAAACCUGCAUCGUGCGCUACUUGGAGACCAACAAGUACUGCCCCAUGUGUGACGUCCAGGUCCAUAAAACACGACCACUACUGAGCAUCAGGUCAGACAAAACCCUCCAGGACAUUGUCUACAAGUUGGUGCCUGGGCUUUUUAAAGAUGAGAUGAAACGGCGAAGGGACUUCUAUGCAGCGUACCCCCUGACGGAGGUCCCCAAUGGCUCCAACGAGGACCGUGGCGAGGUCCUAGAGCAGGAGAAGGGGGCUCUGGGCGAUGAUGAGAUUGUCAGCCUUUCCAUUGAGUUCUACGAAGGAGUCAGGGACCGAGAGGAGAAGAAGAGCCUCAUGGAGGAUGGGGAUGGGGACAAGGAGAAGACAGGCGUGCGUUUCCUGCGAUGCCCAGCAGCCAUGACGGUCAUGCACCUCGCAAAGUUCCUCCGCAACAAAAUGGAUGUACCCAGCAAAUACAAGGUGGAGAUCCUCUAUGAAGAUGAACCCCUGAAGGAGUAUUACACUCUCAUGGACAUUGCCUACAUCUACCCCUGGCGGAGGAAUGGACCUCUCCCCCUUAAGUACCGUGUCCAGCCAGCCUGCAAGCGGCUCACCCUGCCCACAGUGCCCACUCCUUCAGAGGGCACCAACACCAGCGGAGCAUCCGAGUGUGAGUCAGUCAGCGACAAGGCUCCCAGCCCUGCCACCCUUCCGGCCACCUCCUCCUCCUUGCCCAGCCCUGCAACCCCCUCCCAUGGCUCUCCCAGCUCCCACGGCCCCCCAGCCACCCACCCUACCUCCCCCACUCCACCUUCGACUGCCAGUGGGACCACCGCUGCUACCAACGGGGGCACUUCGAACUGCCUGCAGACGCCAUCCUCCACCAGCAGGGGGCGCAAGAUGACUGUUAACGGAGCUCCUUGCCCCCCUUAACUUGAGGAAAGGGACCCUCUCCCUCAGCAGCCACCUCUCCCCUCCCUUCUACUUUUUCUGGGCCCCUUUUUCCACCUUUGACUUUCCCUGGUUCCUCCCAUCUUCAGAGUGGGAGGUGGGUUUUAUAAAUAAAUCUAUCUAUCUAUAUAUAUAAAUAUAUAUAUGUACAUAGGAAAAACCAAAUAUACAUACUUAUUUUCUAUGGACCAACCAGAUUAAUUUAAAUGCCACAGGAAACAAAUUCGUGUGUGUGUGUGUGUGUGUGUGUGUGUGUGUGUGUGUGUGUGUGUGUGUGUGUGUCUGUCUAGGGGGCCUUCUGUAGUUUGCUCUGCUCCUCUGGGGGGAUACCUGGUAGUCUUAGGGGGCCACUGGAAAGUACCAAGGCCCUCUCCUGUGUUCCCUCUGCUUCCCAGGGCAGACAGAGUGGGCCUGCUAGCUGACUAGAUAUGGGGUCCAUCUCCACCGCUCCCCACCCCACCCGUCUCUGAGCCCCACUGUUGAAUGUCCGGAGAUUGCCGAGACAGUGCCUUUGACAAGUGUGGCUUGCCCCUUGGCUGUGAGGGUGGGGUGGCCAUGGAGAGAACAUCUCCCUCACCUCUUUGGGCAGUAGGAACCUUGUGCAAAGAAUUGACAGCUCUACCUUUUUAUAUCCGCCCUCUUUCCUUUUUUUCCUCUUUCCUGUGUGUGGCCUUUGCAUCAUUUACCUUUGUGGAAGAGGAGGUUCAGGCUAUGGGGAGACCCCAGCCAGCCCUGCAAAGUCUAUGUGUGACCUUCCUCCUGCCCUACCCUGACCCAGGAACUCAUCCUAGCAAGACAGAGGUGACACUCGCUGGGGGCCUAGAGUGGAGGGUUAGGAUGGGUAACCCCAGACAAGCACAGACUUCAGUUCUGCCCCAGGCCAACAGCUCUCCUAGCUGAGGCCGAGCAGGGACAAGGCUCAGGCAUGCAGAAGCACAAGAAAAUAAAGUGUAAGCUACCCCGACUCUACCUAGUGGACCACCUGUUAGGGGCAGACCUUGCCUACCUGGUUUUCCUCAAGUGUACAUAGAUGGACGGGGGCGGGGGGCAGGGGGAGGGGGAGGACCAGGGUAUGGGCUCAGGUAUGUGAGGUCCUGAGGCCAUGGGUCUGUUUGCACCAUGUCCUGAGUCUGAGGUUCUGUGACUGUACUCUCCUCAGCUGGUCGUUUGUAUCUCUUGGUUUUGUAAUAAAUGCUGCAUACUCUCC